CUGAUUUUGGCCUUAUUUCCCCAACAGAUCUGACCCCCCCUCCUCAGUUGUCAGGCUAAAUAUUUUGGCUUGUGGGGGGCGCGGCAGAGAGAACUGGGAAGUCCCACAAACCAAUCCGCUCCUGGGGGCGGGGAGGAGCGAGUUGGGCGCGGCCGACGGGAGCGCCUGCCAGCCGGCCUGGAAGACACAGCCGGAGCGCCCAGGAACCCCAAGGCUCUCCUCUGUCCGCCGCGCGCCCCGGAGCGCUCCUGGGGCUCCGCCCCGCCGCGGUAGGCCUUCUCUAGGCCUGCCCUUCUCUCUGAGUGUCACUUUCUCCCUCUGGAGGCCUCUGAAGUUCUCGCUGCACUGUCUGCAUCUCUGUCACCGUCUCUCCACCUCUGCAUUCACGCUGAGUCUGUCUCCAACUGCCCGUCACUGGCUUUGUAUCUGUGAUCUUCCUUUCUCUUCUGCCUCCUGCUGUCCCCUCCAGUGUUCCUAAUUGCUCUGCCCUUGGCCCCACUCUGCUCUCCAGAGUGCCGGUCUCUGCCUCCCCACCGUUUCUCAGACCCUUCUCCCAGGAGCCACCUGCAGGAGAGCAGGACGGACAGCCCCGGCUGGGGCCAUGGCCAGGCCCAGUGUGUGGUGCUGGGAAACAUGCCUGCUUGUGAGCCUCCUCUCUUCAGGAUUUAACCUGGACACAAUGAAGGUGUGCCCCAGCCUGGACAUCCGCUCCGAGGUAGCAGAGCUGCGGCGGCUGGAGAACUGUAGCGUGGUGGAGGGCCACCUGCAGAUCCUGCUCAUGUUCACAGCCACAGGGGAGGACUUCCGCAGCCUCAGCUUCCCACACCUCACCCAGGUCACUGACUACCUGCUACUCUUCCGGGUUUAUGGCCUAGAGAGCCUGCGUGACCUCUUCCCCAACCUAGCAGUGAUCCGUGGUGCUCACCUCUUCCUGGGCUAUGCGCUGGUCAUCUUUGAAAUGCCACAUCUGCGGGAUGUGGGGCUGCCCGCGCUUGGGGCUGUACUGCAUGGAGCUGUGCGCGUGGAGAAGAAUCAGGAGCUCUGCCACCUCUCCACCAUCGAUUGGGGCCUGCUGCAGCCCGUACCCAGUGCCAACUACAUCGUGGGCAACAAGCUGGGUGAGGAGUGCGCCGACGUGUGCCCAGGUACACUGGGAGCUGCUGGCGAGCCCUGUGCCAGGACCACCUUCGGCGGGCACACCGACUACAGAUGCUGGACCUCCAGCCACUGCCAGCGAGUGUGUCCCUGCCCCCGAGGGCUGGCUUGCACGCUGCGGGGCGAGUGCUGCCACACCGAGUGUCUAGGGGGCUGCAGCCAGCCUGAAGAUCCUCGUGCCUGUGUAGCCUGCCGCCACCUCUACUACCAGGGCACCUGCCACCAAGCCUGUCCUCUAGGCACCUACGAGCAUGAGUCUUGGCGUUGUGUCACAGCCGAGCGCUGUGCCAACCUGCGCUCCGUGCCCGGCAGUGCCUUCACCUUUGGUAUUCACCAGGGCAGAUGCCUGGCCCAGUGCCCUCCAGGCUUCACGCGAAAUGGCAGCAGCAUAUUCUGCCACAAGUGCGAGGGGCGGUGCCCCAAAGAGUGCAAGAUAGGCACGAAGACCAUAGACUCUGUCCAGGCGGCGCAGGAUCUAGUGGGCUGCACCCAUGUGGAGGGGAGCCUCAUCCUCAACCUUCGCAGAGGCUACAACUUGGAGCCAGAGCUGCAGCGCAGCCUGGGACUGGUGGAGACCAUCACUGGCUUCCUCAAAAUCAAGCACUCCUUUGCCCUUGUGUCCCUGAGUUUUUUCAAGAACCUCAAAUUAAUCCGAGGGGACACCAUGGUGGAUGGGAACUACACGCUGUACGUGCUGGACAACCAGAACCUGCAACAGCUGGGGUCCUGGGUGGCCGCGGGGCUCACCAUUCCCGUGGGCAAGAUCUACUUCGCCUUCAACCCGCGUCUCUGCUUGGAGCACAUCUACCGGCUGGAGGAGGUGACCGGCACGCGAGGGCGGCAGAACAAGGCAGAGAUCAACCCGCGCACCAACGGGGACCGCGCUGCUUGCCAGACGCGCACCCUCCGUUUCGUGUCCAACGUGACAGAGGCGGACCGCAUUCUGCUACGCUGGGAGCGCUACGAGCCGCUGGAGGCCCGCGACCUGCUCAGCUUCAUCGUGUACUACAAGGAGUCCCCAUUCCAGAAUGCCACUGAGCAUGUGGGUCCAGAUGCCUGUGGAACCCAGAGCUGGAACCUGCUGGAUGUGGAGCUGCCCCUAAGCCGUACCCAGGAUCCUGGGGUGACCCUGGCACCCCUCAAGCCCUGGACACAGUAUGCAGUGUUUGUUCGGGCCAUCACACUGACCACUGCUGAGGACAGUCCCCACCAAGGGGCCCAGAGCCCCAUCAUCUACCUCUGGACCCUGCCUGCAGCGCCUACCGUGCCCCAAGACGUCAUCUCCACCUCCAACUCCUCCUCCCACCUCCUGGUGCGCUGGAAGCCACCCACCCAGCGCAACGGAAACAUCACUUACUACCUGGUGCUUUGGCAGCGACUGGCAGAGGACGGCGACCUCUACCUCAACGACUACUGCCACCGCGGCUUGCGGCUGCCCACCAGCAACCACGAUCCCCGCUUCGACCGCGAAGACGGGGACCUGGAGGCCGAGCUCGAGCCAGGCUGCUGUCCCUGCCAGCACGCCCCUCCUGGGCAGGUCCUGCCCGCGCUGGAGGCGCAAGAGGCCUCGUUCCAGAAAAAGUUUGAAAAUUUUCUGCACAACGCCAUCACCAUCCCCAAACCCCCUUGGAAGGUGACGUCCAUCCACAGGAACCUCCAGAGGGACGAAGGGCGGCACCGCCGGGCUGCUGGAACCCCCAGACCAGAGGGCAACAGCUCGGAUUUUGAGAUCCAGGAGGACAAGGUCCCCCGAGAACGAGCGGUGCUGGGCGGCUUGCGCCACUUCACGGAAUACCGGAUCGACAUCCACGCUUGCAACCACGCGGCGCACACCGUAGGCUGCAGCGCGGCCACCUUCGUCUUCGCGCGCACUAUGCCCCACAGAGAGGCCGACGAUAUUCCAGGCAAGCUGGCCUGGGAGGCGGCCAGCAAGAGCAGCAUCCUCUUGCGUUGGCUUGAGCCACCUGACCCCAAUGGACUCAUCCUCAAGUAUGAAAUCAAGUACCGCCGCUUGGGAGAGGAGGCCACGGUGCUGUGUGUGUCCCGUCUGAGAUAUGCCAAAGUUGGUGGGGUCCAGUUGGCCCUGCUGCCCCCUGGAAACUACUCUGCUAGGGUUCGGGCCACCUCACUGGCUGGUAAUGGCUCCUGGACAGACAGUGUCGCCUUCUACAUCCCUGGCCCAGAGGAAGAGGACUCCGGGGGCCUGCAUGUCCUCCUCACUGUCACCCCCGUGGGGCUCAUGCUGCUCAUCAUUCUUGCUGCCCUCGGAUUCUUCUACAGCAGAAAGAGAAAUGGCACCCUGUAUACCUCUGUGAAUCCGGAGUAUCUCAGCGCUUCUGACAUGUACGUCCCUGAUGAGUGGGAGGUGCCCCGGGAGCAGAUCUCCAUAAUCCGGGAGCUGGGCCAGGGCUCUUUCGGGAUGGUCUAUGAGGGUGUGGUGAAAGGACUCGAGGCUGGAGAGGAAUCCACGCCGGUGGCCCUGAAGACAGUGAAUGAGCUGGCCAGCCCACGGGAACGCAUUGAGUUCCUCAAGGAAGCUUCUGUCAUGAAGGCAUUCAAGUGUCACCAUGUGGUGCGUCUCCUGGGAGUGGUGUCUCAGGGCCAACCAACUCUGGUCAUCAUGGAGUUAAUGACCCGUGGGGACCUUAAGAGCCAUCUCAGAUCUUUACGGCCUGAGGCAGAGGUGGGGACCAGGAAGACCCUGGGCCAGGAGAACAACCCUGGGCUCCCACAGCCAGCACUAGAGGACAUGAUGCAGAUGGCCGGGGAGAUCGCAGAUGGUAUGGCCUACCUGGCCGCCAACAAGUUUGUGCACCGAGACCUGGCAGCCCGCAACUGCAUGGUGUCCCAGGACUUUACUGUCAAGAUUGGGGACUUUGGGAUGACCCGGGACGUGUAUGAGACAGACUAUUACCGAAAGGGUGGGAAGGGACUGCUGCCCGUGCGCUGGAUGGCCCCUGAGUCCCUCAAAGAUGGAAUCUUCACCACCCACUCAGAUGUCUGGUCCUUUGGUGUGGUGCUCUGGGAGAUUGUGACUCUGGCUGAACAACCCUACCAGGGCCUGUCCAACGAGCAAGUGCUCAAGUUUGUCAUGAACGGCGGGGUCCUGGAGGAGCUAGAGGGCUGUCCCCUUCAGCUGCAGGAGCUGAUGAGCAGCUGCUGGCAGCAGAACCCACGCCUGCGCCCCACCUUCACUCAAAUCUUGGACAGCAUACAGAAGGAGCUGCGGCCCUCCUUCCGCCUCCUUUCCUUCUACUAUAGUCCAGAGUGCCAGGGGGGCUGUGGCCCCCAGCCCACCACUGAUGCAGAGCCCAACUCCCCUCCAACUUCGAAAGAGGUUUCAGACUGCAGCCUGCAAAAUGGGGGUCCAGGGCACUGAGGGACACCCCCUUCCCCACUGCCUGGCCUCCCAUGGGUAUAGAGAAGGGGAACAAGCCUUCCAGCUCAGAUAGGGCAUGGGGUGGUUGAGAGUGGGACAGAGACCAGACGGGGGCAGCCAGCUCAGACUCUACUCCCAGGGAAGCAGGUAAGGCCCCAGAAGGAGUAGUCACAAGACCAUGGACAGGCGUUUACUGCCCCUGGAGAGCCUACCCCCGGCUUUGGAUCUCUUGUGCAUAUCUGGGGCCAUCAACGUGCUUGAAAAAAGAUGCGCGUUCCGAGCCAGACUAGGAGGCCUCCGUCUGGGCGCGGAUCCUGGGGGAGGAUGUCCACAUCACCGCCUGUUCACCUUGGUCACCUCCUCCCCUCUGCCCUACAUAUUGCAAGAUGGGAGCCUGUGCGCACCCCUUUCUCUCCCCUCGCCCCAACCAGGGACCCCAUGCUUGGUGCUCCUCCUCUCUCGUCCCCUGAGGCAUCCCUUGGUGCACGUUCGCCCCUUUUCCCAGGCUUCCCCUCAUUAUUGGCCUUGGAUCAUUAAGGGCUUUAAGAGCCUUGUCUUUCUGCUUCCCCUCACCCACUGCCACCUCCCCACCCUCUGCCUCUCAAGGGGAGACUGGAAAACGCACAAUAAACGCCGAAGUCUCUUGGUACCCUG